AUGAGACCUUUAGCGUUUCAACAGGAAGAAAAUGUAUAUUUGAAAGUAUCCCCUACCAAGGGAAUGAUGAGAUUUGGAAGAAGUGGCAAGUUAAAUCCGAGAUAUGUAGGGCCUUACGAAAUACUUGAUAGAGUUGGAUCUCUAGCGUAUCGACUGGCUCUCCCACCUGCUUUAUCAGGGAAACAUAAUGUUUUUCAUGUCUCCCAACUGAGGAAGUAUGUAUCAGACCCGAGCCAUAUUUUGAAGGAUCAACCCAUCGAGGUGAGGGAGAAUUUAUUAGUGGAGGAAGUUCCUUUAAGAAUCGUGGAUCGGAAGGACCAAGUUCUAAGGAGAAGGACCAUACCCUACGUAAAGGUGCAAUGGACGAAUCAUACACCGCGAGAGGCAAUAUGGGAGUUAGAGGAGGACAUGCGGAAUCGAUACCCAUAUCUUUUUGAACAAGGGGGGGGGCAUCACGAGACACAUGGAGCAAGAUCAACAACCACCUUCCAAAGACCUUUCUCUGAUGUUCACCGCCAUGAGACAUGA